GUUCUCGCUUCCACGGUUCCACCAGAGGCCGGCCCCCUCAAGAGCCCUCCCCCCUCCGCCCCUCGCUCCGUGCCCGUGCCUCCCCGCACGAUCCCCACAUUCCUUCGCCGGCUCCGCGCUCUGCUCUUGUUGUGAUCGUUAGUACAGGUGCGAUGGCGAUGAGGUCGGCCGUGGCCCGCCUGAUUCGCUCCUCCUCUGCCUCGCCCUCCCGUCUCAGCUCGUCGUCAAUCUUGCUGAAAAGUGGCAAUGCAUUCUUCAGCAAUGCUACACCCAGUGAUCAGAAGCACAUUGAGGAGUCUUUUAAUGCCACACCCAGUGAUCGGAAGCACAUUGAGGAACCUUUUGAGGUGAAGGAGGCAGAACCUGUGAAUGCGUCAAAAUCUUCUCCAGAGAAGCUACUGGUUCUAGGAGGAAGUGGUUUUGUUGGAUCGCAUGUUUGCAAAGAGGCUUUGGACAAAGGAUUAGUUGUCUCUAGUCUUAGUAGAUCUGGAAAGCCAUCCUUAAAUGAACCUUGGGCUGACAAAGUUAUAUGGAACCAAGGCGACCUCCUUGAACCGGCUUCAUUGAAGGAUGCUAUGGAUAAUGUUUCUGCAGUGGUAUCUUGUGUUGGAGGUUUUGGAUCAAAUUCUUUCAUGUAUAAGAUUAAUGGGACUGCAAACAUCAAUGCCAUUAGGACUGCAGCUGAGAAAGGUGUAAAAAGAUUUGUAUAUGUGUCAGCUGCAGACUUUGGUUUGCUGAACUAUUUAUUGCAAGGCUACUACGAGGGCAAGAGAGCUUCUGAAGCUGAAUUGCUGUCGAAGUUUACAUAUGGAGGAGUGAUACUGAGGCCUGGUUUUAUUCAUGGAACUCGUCGAGUGGGCAGUGUAAAGAUACCUCUUGGUCUUGUCGGUUCUCCUAUGCAGAUGGUGCUCCAAAAUGCAAAACUAUUGACUAGAUUACCACUUAUUGGGCCGCUGUUGACUCCUCCUGUGAGUGUGGCCUCUGUGGGGAAGGUCGCUGUGAGAGCAGCGACAGAUCCGGUGUUUCCUCCUGGCAUCGUUGAUGUCUAUGGGAUCAUGCGUUACAGCGAGCAAAACUAAGCUGUCACAUGCACCGGCCAGUAUAUACAUGUGGCUGUACUUCUGUUACAGCCGUUUCAUGGUUAGUUUUACAUGUACUGGUGUCCUUUUUUAACUCACCUACUUACUAGAUGAAAAACAUUGAAUAAAUUGGUAUUUUGACAACACGUCCGUGGCAGUGAUUUUUUAAUGUAUUUCAUCCUAUCUUGGAGUACUCAACUGCAAUGUAGAAAAAAAAAUAUGUUUGCCGUGCUGAUGACAAAUUUGCUUUUAUUA